AGAGAUGCUUAUCAGGAGCAAGCUGGGCUUUGCCUAUCUGUGCUCAUCAAGAAUGAAGGGAGAAGGCUCUGAGAGAGAGGAAGAAAGGCAGCAGCUUUGGCUGAGGGUUCAGCAAAAAGUGGAAUGGAAGGAAAGAUCAGAGCAUCGCCGUCAGGCUUGCCUAGUUUCUUUUAAGAUCACACUGACCUCGGAUCUGCGACAGCCCUACAAAGUGCUUAGUGUUCCUGAAAAUACUCCUCUCACAGCAGUCUUAAAGUUCACUGCAGAAGAAUUUAAAGUUCCUGCAGCAACAAGUGCUCUAAUUACAAAUGAUGGAAUAGGAAUAAAUCCUGCAAAGACUGCUGGGAAUGUUUUCCUAAAGCAUGGCUCAGAACUCAGCAUAAUUCCUCGAGGUCAAGUUGGGAGUUUUUAA